CUUUUGAGAGUGGACUUUGAUAAAUAAAUAAAUGUUUUAAUAUCAAUAUUGUGUUUUAAUACUUCACAUCAUGUCUUUAUGGAACAUUGUUACAAAAAUUGCUAGAAAAGGCAAAAUUUUUACAGUACCUGUGCGAUAUUUGAAUCUCUUAGAAUAUCAGAGCAAAAAUCUUCUGCGGAAAAAUGGAGUUGCUAUUCAAGAUUUUUGUAUGGUAGAUGAAAAUGGAUUUAAAGAUUUCGAAAAAUUUAAUGUAAAUGAAUACGUUAUCAAAGCACAAAUUCUUGCGGGGGGAAGAGGCAAAGGUCACUUUGAUAAUGGCUUUAAAGGAGGUGUGCACGUUACUAAAAAACGAGAUAAUAUCAAGGCUAUUGUAAGUCAAAUGUUAGGUCAUAAACUGAUAACAAAACAGACACCUAGAGAUGGAAUAUUAGUAAAUAAAAUUAUGAUAGCCCAGAGCGUAAACAUUAAAAGAGAGACUUACUUUUGUAUUUUAAUGGAUAGACAAAGAAAUGGCCCAGUAAUCAUUGCAUCCCCUUCGGGAGGAGUUGAUAUUGAAGCAGUAGCAGAAAAAACACCACAUUUAAUAAAAAAUGUACCUGUUGAUAUAUUCAAAGGUGUAACAGAUCAAAUGGCAGAUGAACUAGCAGAGUUCCUUGAAUUUAAAGGACUUUUGAAGCAAAAAGCUAGUAAUGAGAUUAAAAAACUGUGGAAACUAUUCCUUUCUGUCGAUGCUACCCAAUUAGAAAUUAAUCCGUUAGUAGAAACGGAUGAUAACCAAGUAAUAUCUGUAGAUGCCAAAUUAAAUUUUGAUGACAAUGCUCAGUUUCGACAAAAGGAAAUAUUUAGUGCAGAAGACACAAGUGAGAACGAUCCGAGAGAGGUUGAGGCCUCGAAAUACAAUCUUAACUACAUCGGAAUGACUGGAAACAUUGGGUGCUUAGUAAAUGGCGCUGGAUUAGCGAUGGCAACAAUGGACAUUAUAAAAUUGCAUGGAGGAGAUCCAGCAAACUUCCUAGAUGUAGGAGGCGGUGUAAAAGAAGAUCAAGUUCGUGCUGCUUUCAGGAUUAUUACCUCUGAUGAGAAAGUAAAAGCUAUUUUGGUAAAUGUAUUUGGUGGAAUCGUGAAUUGUGUUACAAUCGCUAAUGGAAUCGUGGGAGCAUUAAAAACUAUGUCUCUAAAAGUUCCACUCGUAGUAAGGUUAGAAGGUACUAAUGCUGAUGAAGCCAGAAGAAUUAUUAAGGAAUCAGGACUGAAUAUACGGACAGCUGUAGAUUUAGAAGAUGCUGCCAAAAAAGCCGUGGCUAGUGUAUAGCCGUAAAAACGGUUUUCAUUCAAAGGCCAUUUGAUUUAUUUUUUGUAACUUGUUAAAAUAUAUUUUAUAACUACGUAUUUAAAA